AUGCCUUUACGAGCUUUAAAAGUUCGCCGUAUCGACCCCAAAAAGUAUGACCUCUCAGGACUCAGCGUUCUCAUCACUGGGGGUGAAACCAUAAUUGGAACGGCUAUGGCACGUCUCUAUCUAAGCUUGGGUGCCGACACCGUCUACUUAGUCGUCCAAGAUCUCGGUCAAGGCGAAAGCAUCAAGGCCGCCAUCCUUAGGGAUGAUAAGAUUGUUGAACGAAACCCUGGGUGCAAAGUCCACCUCUACGGAAUAAACUACAGUGAUUUGAGCUCCGUUAAAUCAUUCUGUGAGAAGUUCCGCUCCGAAGUCAAUGUUCUACACAUCGCGGUCCUUGGCGCAGAAGUCAACCUGCCAUCUUUCAGCAGGACUAUCGACGGAUUGGAAGAAACCCUUCAGGUUAAUUUUGUCGCGAACGUCAUCCUAUGCAACUACUUGGUACCACUUCUCAAAGCAAAUUACCCAGCAAACCGAAAUGUUACGGAACAACUCUCCAAGAAGUUGAGCAAAAAUUGUGUUUUUAAGACACUACCUUCUCACCUGACCUGGGUCUCCUCUGAAAGCCAUAGGUUUUCCAAACUAUCGAGGGGCAAAGCCUACAUUGCCCCGUCGAAUAGCGUGUUCGAAGUCUUCAAUGACCCACAGGAUCUGUCCGACGAGCUAUACGCGGCGUCCAAGUUCGUGGCCAUGGCAUACACAUUGGAGCUUGGGCGUCGUGUUGGUGACGAAAAACUUGUCGUAAAUUCAGCAAGUCCUGGAGAGAUCAAAGCGGAAACAGAGGCGGAGGCUGAUGCGGAAGAUGCGGAAGAUGCGGAAGCUGAUGCGGAAGAUGCGGAUGCUGAUGCGGAUGCAGAAUCAGAAUCAGAAUUAGAAGCAGAAGCAGAAGCAGAGGCGGAAGCGGAAGAGGAAGCGGAAACUGGCGCUAAUGUGCCAUUUUAUCUCCGUCAUUCCCGAAAGAUCUGGAGCUACUUUCGCGACAGGAAAGCAUCUACAGGCGCAGCAGCUGUUAUCUGGGCAACCUUAUGUGGUCCCGAAGGGAAUGCCAAGUCCUGGGAAAAUGGUGUAGUCUCUCAGUAA